AUGGCAUUGUUCUGCUAUCUUGCUGGAGUCAUCUUACCUACCUCUGGUAUUGAUCUGGCGAUUUGCCAUUGGAUCUACAACAAUGCACAAUCGAUAGAGGACUUAUUUGUAUAUGAAGCGUGCAUUAGAGAUUUGAUGGGAAAUAGCACCACAUUUGGGAGGAUCAAAAUUUUACCUAAGGGGACCGCAUGGGCCCGCGACGCAUGGGUUACAAACAGCAAAUGGAAUGAAGAAACCGACUUUAUGCUGCACCACUGGAAAAAAGCAACACCUCCGAUCCUACAAAACAACCCCGAUACCGUACAUAAAUUUUCAUGUUUUCUUUGGGAAUCUGUGUUCUUAAACACAACAUGGCACUACGACAAUAAUCUGAUAGCAACUCCCAGAGAAAUCAAGGAGCGGAUGCUAAAUUGUUCAAAAGCUGUCGAAGAAGAGCGGGCGGUAGCGAUGUCUAAGGUUCGAAAGCUAAGAAAAAGCUGGCUGACUAUGGACAUUUGGAACGUCUCCAGUCUCGAGCCUUAUCUCUAA